AUGUGCUACAUCAGAGUCAUCCACUUCACUCGUUGCGACACUCGUCGUCUGGCUAUCAUUAACAUUGCCACCGGUAACACCAUCUACCACCCCCUCGAGCCUCCGGCCCCUUGCGAGCAUCAUGACCAGUAUCUCGACGCCGAAUGUCCUUACCACGGCGCAUGCUGCACACCCGGCCAGAUUCACGUCUGCAACGUCAAAGGUCCCAAGGAUGUUUGCCGCGGCUGGCAGACGUAUCACGAGAUCAUCAACCCGGGCUACAUGUACUCCAGCGGUCUUUUCUCUGUGAUGCAAUUCAUCCCUAACUGGGAGGAACUUGAGAUGAACUCGGAUUUGUACACCUACGAGGAGGGUAUCCGUGAUACAUUCUUCGACCUCGGCGCUCACAUGUAUGCAGUUGCCAAGCGAGCUACUUUCAUCGUCGACUAUCUCCUCUCAACUGAGACCUACUCCGCUGCAGAAGAGGCCGACAUGGUUGAAGAACACGGAGAUCUAUUCAACGAGUGGAUUAUGGCCCGUGAAGAGCUGGCUGAGGAGACGGAGAGCUGGGAGAUUCUCGCCAGUGUGGGUUGUAUGGAGGUCUGCCCGGCGCAGCUCCUCAGCGCUCACCCUUGGAGCGAAGUCUUUCAGGAGUGUCUCAACAAGCAAGUAGGCUUUCCGCAGUUCCCCGGUAUUCCUUUCUCGUGGCUGGAGAACAUCGAGCGUCGGGAUGAGAUUCUUCGCCGACAUCCUCAGUUUUCGCAAUAUCACGUUCCUCGUCCUCAGCCUUCGCGCGCUGACCAUUUGUGGCGGUCUCCUGCUCCGCCUCAGCGGUUGUAUUCUGAGGGGAAGCGUCAGGUCGAGAAUCCGAAUGAUCCCUAUCCUGGAGAAUGGGCUCAUAUUCUGUCUCGAGUCGCUGAGCAAGAGAAUGCACCCUUUGGCCAGGAUGAAGUAACGGUGUCUUCCUCCGGCAAGGAUGCUCCUGAGUGGGUAAUUCCCUACGGUCAGGAACCUGAAAUGAACUGGAAAGAAAUCUCAUGGGAUGGCCCAACCACACUCAUUAUUUCACCCCUGGUAAGCCCGCGUGCCUAUACCCAGGCACCCACCGAGGCAGCAAUGGAGAUUGAUGUGUCCCCGUUGGACAUCACCUUUGCAGACGACAUGCCUGGGAACCCAUUUAAUGAUGAGUUCGAGGUAGACUGGAAUGUGGGUGGACAUGAGUCUGCGAUGAAAGAAGAGCUAGCUGUCCUCCAGUACCUUCGUGUCGAAGCCCCUGUAGAGGAGCACAACUUCGAGUUCAUUCCAUUCGAGACGGUCUCGAAGCUUAAGAGGCGAUGGAGUGAGCUGGAUGUAACAACCGGUGGGGAAGAGGAGGUCCUGGCUAAGAGAAACCGUACGAUCUAG